AUGACAAAUGACAAUACUAAGCUAGAGAAGAAUGACAGACACUCAAAAAUACGGCCUUACUUAGACUACUUUAGAAACUGUUUUCUUGAAUUAUGGUUUCAAGCAAUUCAUUAUGGGCAACCUACAUGUUUUGGAUAUGAAGAAUUGUGCAAUACCUUCAGACUAGGUUAUCUUGUAAGGUUGGAGGUUUAUCAGGAAUCAAAUGGAGCACAAAAUAAAUACAAAGAAGAUCAUGGUGUGGGAGGGGGAGUCGUUGAAUCUCUGCUGGAGGAUGAUUUUGGCGACACUUCGUCCCACUAUUUGUUUGCAGACAACUACUUUAUGUCCCUGAAAAUAGUUGAUAAAUUUGCUGAAAAUGGUAUUUGUAUUAGUGGGUCCAUUAAGGAACAACAGAACUGGAAACUGCCCACUAAAAAUUGUAGCUGCAAUGAAGAAGAAUCACAGAUACUCUUAUGA